CUGGUUUUUCUCUCAGUUAAAACCCUGCACUCUUUGCGAUUACAUGCAUUUUAUAUUUAUACAAAUUUAUUUAUUCAAUUAAUUUAUUGACACAGCAAUAUUAUAUCAAAAAAUAUUUUAUUUAUCCUUCAUCAACUUGCUCAAUUAAUUUAUUAGCUUUUUUUUUUUUAAUUUAUCUUUAAAAAUAAUUCACAUCGUGACCUUUCUUGUUUUCUUGAUGAUUAGUCUAGUCUUCUCCCAUUUGAAUAUUUACACAAUAUUGUGUGGAGAGUGGGUUGUUGCCGGUAUGAUCAACAACAAACACCCAACGGCAUUGAUAGCCAAAGAUGCGCAGUGGAUCUUCAAACUUGUGAAUACGUGAAGCGCGAACAGUCAAUCGUCAACGAUAAAUACAAAAAAUAAAAAAUUUUUUUUUUUUCUUUAAAUUAUUGACACUUGUGAAGUUAUAAAUUAUUGUGAAAUAAAUAUAUAAACCUAAAUUAAUAAUUUUAAAUUUAAUUAAAAAUAAAAAAAAAAAAUGACAAUUUCAAGUGCCAUGUGAGUGUGAUUGUGUUGAUGAUAAAUUGAAGAAAAAAAAAUAAAAAACAAUGAUACCAAUAAUAUAAAACCAGUAUUAUUUAGUGAAUAAUGUUUAUCACGUGAUUAAUUCCAUGUUUUUAAAAUUUAUCGAAGAAAUGCUGACGCUUAUCGGUGGUCUGAUUGUCAUCUAUUUUAUCUAUAUAUUCUUCACGAAAAAAGAUGACAAACAAGAUACAGAUACGCCAAGCAUGGCACAUACUGCACUCAGAGAAUUGGUUGAACGUGCUGUUGAUGAAGCACGAAAACUUCCAAGGCUCGGUGAAUCAGUUAGCACAAAAACACAAGAGACAACAACAACAACAACAACCUCAUCAACAUCAACAGAACCAAUAAAUGAACAAAGUUAUGAAGAACUUCUUGCAUCAGCAAUAUUGAAUAAAGUCAUUGAAAAAUUUCAAACUGAUAGAAUUGAUGACAAUGGUAUUGUUCAAGAAGACAAAAAGAGAAAAUCAAGAUACUCAAAAAAUAAAUCUAGAGAUUGUUCUGAUGAAGUUGAUGGUAGUAGUGAUUUUGUAGAAACAUCAUGUGAUGAAUACAACAGCGAAUGGAGUGGUACGAGAAAAAAAAAUUUACGAAUUCGACAAGAUCCACUGUCACUCACGAUUGAGGAAAAAAUUGAAGAAGUCACAACGACAUUUACACCUGAUGACGAUGAUGAUUCACGUGACAACAAGAGUAACAUUUUUAACUUUCGAAAUUCUCGAAGAGUACCAUUUCCCGAGUAUGGAAUGGAUAUUAUUGACCCAUCACAAGAAUCAUCAGAUGAAAGUCAUGAUGAGUCAAAUGAUACAGCUCCAAUUGAUCACAUAACACCAGUUGAAUCGUGGGAAGAAAAUUGGCUUUUUCAAAAGAAAAAAAUACAAAAUCAAUCAGAGCCAGUAUCAAUGCUUGUGCCAAAUCCAAGUGCUGAUUAUCGUGCAUUAAUUGGUGAUAAAGAUGCUGAUGAUACAUCAGAUUUAUCAGAAUUUUCAGCUCAAUCAGAUGAUGAUAAUGAUGAUGAAGUUGAUGAUGAUGACGUUGAUGUAAAUAAAAAUAUACCAGCAUCAAAAAAAAAGAUACUCAACGAAAAUUUCAGCAAUGAAAUAUUGAUUGAGAAUCAAGAUAAAAAAAUUAUUAAAAAUAAUAAUGAUUAUUCAUUGUCAUCAGAUAAUAAUGAGAAUAAAUCAUUAACAGUUUUUCAUGAUGACAAUCAGUCAGUUGAUGAUGCAAGUGUUUAUUAUAAUUAUUUUGAUAAUGAUGAUAAUAAAAAUGACAAUGUUGAUAAGAAAUUGGAUGUUGAAUUGAUUCAUCAGACGAGAAAUUUUUUACAAAAUGAAAUUAAAUCGAAUAAAGAUGAUGAAAAUAACAAGGACACAUUGAGCAAUAAUCAAGAUGAUAAUACAACAAUAAUCAUUGAUCAAAUUGAUGCAUCAAUGAUAAAUAAAAAAAUGUGCCACGAACCAAUGACUCAAUCUGUGUCACAAGCCACUGAAAAAAUAAUCAUUGAUGAAGAGCUUGAACUGUCAGCUCCACCAAGACCAGGAACAAUUGCUGAACGUGAACAUAAAAAAUGGGAAAAUGCUGCUCCAAUACAGAACAAUCCAUAUAGUCCAGAAAAUAUUCAAAAACGUCUUUUAGAAAGACAAUAUGCAAGGUCUUCUGACGUUUCUGGAAAUUCAACAAAUUUACCAUCAAGUCCAAGUCCUCCUUUGCAAAUUGUACUUGGUGCAAAUCGUCCAGACGUAAAGAGAUUUGGAAGAGACUAUUACAUAAAUGAAACAAAAUGUCAUUUUGGAGAACGAGUAACCAGACCAGGUACAUCAAGUUCAAGCAGACCAGCAAGUUCACUGUCAUUGAAUUCAUGUUCAACAAGCAGUGAUUUCGAGCAUCAGAAAUAUUAUGAAACAACAGAGGCAUCAUCACCAGACAAUCAGCCUAAUAAUAUUGAGCCAAAAAUUAUAAAUCAACAUAUCAUUGAUAAUGAAAGAAAAAAUAAUAAAAAUGAAAUAAAUGCAAAAUUAAAUAAUCAAGGUAAUUUUGAUAAUAAAAAAUUAUACUACAAUGAUGAUAGUAAUAAUAAACGUAAAAUAAGCAGAAUUGAUUUACGUGCUUAUGGUUUCGAAAAUGAAAUAUACAAGAGUAAUGAUGAUAUUAUAAAUAAAAAAAAACAACAACAAAAAAAAAGAGUUAUAAAUAAACUUGAUUUAACGCAAUAUGGUUACGAUUGUGGUAUACGUAGAACACAAUCAAAUAAUCAUAUUGAUAGUAAAAUAAGAAAUCGUUAUUUAAUUAAUAAUACAAAUAAUAUGAAAAAAAAAUUUGAUAAUUAUAAUUGGACACAAAGUACAGAUACACUAAAUGAUAAUAUGAAAUUCAAUAAAUUUGGUGGUAUGUUAACAGCAAUAUCAGUACCAAAUAUAUCAGUUAAAAGUAAUUCAUAUAAUAAUUGUAAUAAAAUUAAUAAAACAUUUGAUAGUGAAGAUGAUGAUAUUAAACCACUAGUCGUUAAUAAUUAUAAUGAUAAUGAUAUUAAUAAUGAUAAUAUUAAUAAAACAAUAAAAAAUCAUUAUAAUUAUGAUACAGAUUCACAAAGUUCAAUAACAGAAUCAACUGAUGAUUUACCACCAAAAUAUUCAAUGUUAAAAAAUAUAAAAUAUUCAUUUGAAUCAUUGAGUGGUGAAGAUACAUUUUUUGAUAAAAAUUAUUCAAUGCCAUCAGUUAGAAGACUUGCACAAGCAUUCAAUAAACCACCAUCACCAAUUCCACUACCAGCAUCAAGAAUUAAAUCAAGUGAUAACAAAAUCCGAGCAACAACACCAGAUAUACAAAUUAUCAAAACACCAAGACAAAUGCACAGUUUAACAGCAAGAUCAAUAUCACGUGAAUUUCGUGAAGGAUUAAAAAAUAUAUCAAAUAAACCUGAUGCACAAUCAUGGAAUACAAUAAUCAUUGAACAAAGUAGAUCACCAACUGGAUCAAAUGACAUUGGAUCAAGUGAAAUUGAUAGUGGUGAUGAUUUGUGUCUUAUUAAAAAUGGUAAACUUAAAAAUAAUAUUAAAUUUUGGGAAAAUAUUAAACAAUAAAAAUCAGUAUCAAUUGUAAAUUUUAAAUAAUAGAAAUACACACACAGACACAUCCAGAAAAGAAAAAAAAACGUAAAUUAAAAACUGCCAUUAUUUAAUUUUAACAAAAUAAUUAUCAGAGCAAUACGUAAAUAAUUUUAUAAGUGUACUUAAAAGGCUAAAUUAAUAUUUCAAAAAAUUAAUUUUAAUAUUUUAAAGAAAAUUUUAAUUAUUGUGUGUGCCAAAGGACACAAAAGUGUCAGUAAUUAUCCAAAGAAAAAAAAAUUGAAAAAAAAAGAGAAAUAAUAUAUAAAAGAUUUAUUUGAUGAAAAAAUUAAAAAAUUAAUUUUGAAAUAUUCAUCGGAAUAAGUGUAUAAUGAUGAUACAUAAUUAAAUUAUUUUAUUUUUUUGUAUUUUUUACAUGGCAAUACGAUGGAAAAAAUUAAUUAUGUAAAAAUAAAAUAAAUAAAUUAAUCGUUGUGUUUUAAAAAACGUUAAUAAUGAUUUUUUUUUUGUAAGACAAUUUGAGGUUUAAUUUUGGUAAAAGUUUGUUAUUUAAUUGUCAUUAUUUUAAAAUUAAUUAUAGUAAAAUAUAAUUGAAUAUAUUUAAUUAAAAAAAAGUUUAUAACGAAAA